CUUUAAGGCCAGCAGGUCAACGACUCUUUUUGUGAAAUUCCUCGUCUCGUCUUUGAUUGGCUAUGAUUCUCCCAUAUCCCCUCACAAGAUAAACCACGCUUCCGCCACCGUACAAUUCUAUCAAAAACUCCCUUCUCAGCCAUAGCAAGCUGCUUGCUUUCGUUCCACAUCUCCUUCUUUCCCUCACCACCACCAUCAGCAGCAAUGGCAGCGCUUCUCAACACCCCAGUUUCCCUCCAGUCCAAAAUCCCACCAUCUGCACGACUCUCAACAGCCCUUUCGUCUCAAAAACCCCUCAACAUCUCUUUCUCCGCCACUUUCCCCUCUAUCAAACUCACUUCCAUCGCCUCCACCCACCGUAGCGGCGGCGCUAUCGGAGCGAAAAUGGCUGCAACCGCCGCUGGUAGUUACGCGGCAGCCCUGGCUGAUGUCGCUAAGUCGAACAACACUCUAGACUCGACCUCCGCCGACGUGGAAAAAAUCGAGAAGCUCUUUGCGGAUCCGCAAUUGUACGACUUUUUCUCCAACCCAACAAUCGACGCCGAGAAGAAGCGCCAACUGCUGGAUGAAAUUGUUAAGUCGUCGGAGCUCCAGCCCCACACUGCAAAUUUCUUGAACAUCUUGGUCGAUGCCAAGCGCAUCGACUUGGUGAAAGAUAUCGUGAAGGAAUUCGAGAUGGUGUACAAUAAAUUGACGGAUACUGAGCUUGCGGUCGUGACAUCUGUUGUGAAGUUGGAGUCACAGCACUUAGCCCAGAUAGCGAAGCAAGUGCAGAAACUCACCGGAGCUAAGAACGUGAGGAUUAAGACGGUGCUUGACCCUAGCUUGGUGGCUGGGUUCACUGUAAGAUUUGGGAUCUCGGGUUCUAAGCUGAUUGAUCUGAGUGUGAAGAAGCAGUUGGAUGAAAUUGCUGCGCAGCUUGAUCUUGUUUGAGUUUGAUGUAAAUUUUGUAAUGGGUUUUGAUAUUGGACUAAUAGCUUUUGCUGAAAUGAAAUAUUUGAUUGAUUCAGAUAUAUGAGAAGGUAGAUAGUGUAGAUUGUUAUUGGUUUGAAGUAAAUAUCAGAAGCAAUUUUCCCAAA